GGUUAAGAUUUAGAGGCAUAAAACGAAAGACGAACGUCAUUUAUCUUCUGAAAACAUUUCCAGAGAAAAAUACUAUAAAUAACAAAGUACAUUUGCGAAACUCAAUGACGUCAUAGAGGACUUUGGCGGAAUUCCUGAAGCCCUCCAGUAUCCCAGCAUUCAACGCGCCCUUGCAGCGUAUUGUUGACAAAGAAAAAGAAAACGGGGUGGGAUUUGAAAGAAAUAUCGUUAAACGGUAAACGGGAGUGAGAGGUGAUGGUCAUGCUGCCAAAGAGCUGAACUGGCUGCAUUUAGAACUGGAUCUCUGCACCGUUUCAGCCCAGAGACGGAGUGGGAAUACGAUAAAGGGAGGAGGUCGUGAGCUCAGCUGGAGCCAAUGCAGCAGCAGAGCCGGCAGCCUGACCUAGUGGAGGGAAGCCUUCCAGUGUUUGUGUUCCCCACUGAGCUGGUGUUCUACGCAGAUGAGCAGGCUUCACAUAAGCAGGUGCUCACCCUCUACAACCCUUAUGAGUUUGCUCUUAAAUUCAAAGUUUUGUGCACAGCGCCAAACAAAUAUGCCGUGGUGGAUGCCACUGGUGCUGUUAAACCACAAUGUUGCGUGGAUAUUGUGAUCCGCCAUAGGGAUGUGCGGGCCUGUCAUUACGGGGUGAUUGAUAAGUUCCGGCUGCAGGUGUCUGAGCAGAGUCAGAGGAAGGCUUUGGGCAGGAAGGAAGUGAUGGCCACUCUGCUGCCCUCCGCCGCUCAGGAGCAGCCCCAGGUCCGGCCCCAGGAGGAGGAGCGCAGGAUGAAGGAGCAGCUUGCUGACAGAGUGUUCUUUGAGCAGACUGCAUUCCAGACAGAGAGCCGUACAGUGUCCGGGGGCCCCAGCCUCCUCACUGUCCUUUUAGGCCUGGUGUGUAUGGCGGCCCUUAUGCUCCCAACUCUGGGAGAGCAGGAAUCCACAGUGCCUGUCUACCUCCACUUAAGUGUUAACAAGAAACUUGUAGCUGCUUAUGUUUUAGGUCUUCUUACAAUGGUUAUUCUGCGCACUUGAAGUGCUCUUGGAAACGAUCUUGUUGAAAGGAACUAAAACGAUGAAGAGGGGAGAUAUGGACAUUAACACAGCCAGGAGGGUUGUGAGGAUGGGGGGGAAGCACGUCUGAGAAACUCCCUAUAAACAGGAACUAACUUCUUAAAUGAUCAUCACAAGCUCACAGACACAAUGAAGACACAAAGAUCCAUGGGCGAGGGGAGGGGACCGCUCUGUGUUUACAGGCCGAACAGUGACUGAGCUGGCAUUGAAUCCGGCUGACUAUUAUGUUAAGUGGGAGGGGGUGUAGACAAACAUGAAUACAUUAAAUUAAAUGUGUUGUUAUACGUCAUAUUCGGUGUCUGUGGCUUUUGUUGCUUUUCUCAAGACUGAAAAUGGCUUUUAUGUUCUGUUUGUCCACUGUUUAAAUCUUGUGCACAGUAAUCUCUAUAGAUGCCACAUCAAAUAAAGAAAUUGAUUGUUAAAAGCAUUUCCUAGACACACUUCUAUGUUCAUAAGUAUUGGUAGUAACAUUAAUUUCUGAAUCAUAGUUCAGUCGGUUUAGGAAGCAAUAUGUAACAGGAGUGUGAUUAAUGUUUGUUUAGAACAGGAUUAGAUGCUCAGUAAGCUGGCAUUUAUUCAGUGUUUUUACUUGGCUUGUUUAAAUGCUUUUUUUUUUUAAGUUACAACAGAUUGAAGAACAAGUUUGAAUAUUAAUGGCUCUCUCCACACUCUCUAUCAGAAACUGUAUAAGAAACCCCUUCGUAACUAGUUUCUAUAUUACCCACGGUAAUAUAAUGCAUGGUUUUGAGUUAGUUACAUUCUAUUAUUAUAUUCAGCAAGGGUGCAUUAUCUUGAUUAAGUGUGACAGAAAAGACAUUUAUAAUGUUUAAAAGAUUUCCAUUUCAAAUGUUAUUCUUUUGCAUUUCUGUUCAUCAAAGAGCUGCAAAUCUGUAUUUUAGAACGAUUUCUGAAGAAUCAUGUGACACUGAAGACAGGAGUAAUGAUGCUGAAAAUUCAGCUUUGCGUCACAGGAAUAAAUUACUUUCAAAAUCUAUUAAAAUACUAAACAGUGAUGUUUAAUUCAAUUAUAAUAGUUAUUACCAUUUUUGCUGUUUCUGGUUUAAAAAAAAAAAAAAAAAAAAGCAGCUUUGGUGAACAUAAACAGACUUUCAGAAACAUUAAAAAUAGUUAACUGAUACAAAGCACCCACUGUAAAGCAGAAAGAUUCAUUAUGACUGUAAAUGAAGUGCAAUGACACAAAAAGAGACCGUAGAGUACAUUUUAACACCCGUUAUGACCAUUGUGUUUUUGAAGACAAUAACCAGACGGUCAAAAACAAAUAAGUUUGAUGUCACAAGAAAAGGCAACAAAAUAGCUGGGCAAAUAAUUUAUUUCUGACAUCUGGAAGUCUCUGGUAUGAUGGGAACAAGAUUUGUUCAGAGAGCACAACUACACGUCCUCAUGACAGCACUCAGGUCCUCCUCAACAGAGUUCAUGUGCACAGGCUUUAAAAGUACUGCAUGAGGCGGAUAGGACAGAGUAAAAUCAUUAAAUAAAGAAUUCGACACGUCCACAGGACAAAAAACAAACCAGCAAAGCAAACUACAAAUACACGUCACCCAUCACUACAGGACAGAAUCUGGAUCUACACGACCCACUUACUGUAUUUUUGUUUGCAAAGACAUUCAGAAAAAGAUUUACACUGCGGUUUCACUUUUCUUACGUGAAGAAAAAAACCUCACUCUUUCAAUUCACUUAAAGAAAAAAAAAAAAAGAUUUUACAAUCACUUUCUUGCACAGAAAAAUGAAUUUAUGAUACAUCAUAUCAUGCUCGAGGAAAUAAAGCAAUUUCUUGUAAUGAAAUUUAGAAAACCAUUUACAAAAGAAAAUAUUUCCUAAAGUAACUACACCCCCAAAACAAAGAACUCCUACAAUUACAGUUGUACAUUUCUCUUAUAUACAAAUUUAAAUGGCACACCGUUUCGGGAUCAGUAGAUUACAUUUAAAACUCCACAAGUAACAUUUUUGAUGAGAGGGUUUUGUUUCUUUGCACUUCUGCUCCACAUUUUAAACUGUCAAACGUAUGACUGUUAACAGCCUCUGAAAAACACUGAAAAUGCUUUUAACUGCACCUGUAGAGCGCAUUCUCCUCCAAAUCCUCCCCGAAUAACAAACGGGGCAAAGCCACUGUGUGAAAAGUAAAAACAUACAAUGGACAUCAUUCAUCCCAGCCCCGGAUGUUUUGCUCCAUUCUCUUAACAACACGGCUGUACGCAUGUCUUUAGGUUGACUAACAUCAACAGGCAGUUUAGUUUCUCUGUAGUGUUCAAAUCGAGGGUUUAGUGGUUACCAACAGCUGCAAUAUUAAAUCCCAUCUGCAGUAGUUGUGUAUAGCAACCAUGAAUAUCAUUCUAACAGAGAAUGAAGUGCCAAGCUCUUGGAGAGAAGAAAAAAAAAAAAAAAAAAAAAAAAAAGGAAA